AGCCAAGAUUGGAUAUAAUUGGCUCCCAGGUAGGUGGACCAGGCUGGUGCUUUUAAACAGAGGUGAACGCCCGUUUCAAGAAGGAGGUUUAACAAACUCUGAGUUGAUUUACUCUGAGUUUGCAAACCUGGAGUUUUCGGUUUCAGACCAGCUGAUAAGAGUUGGUUUAAGCAACUCCGAGUUGACGGACUCAGAGUUAAGCGCGUGCACCGCGACGAUACAAAGCCCUGAUCAAUGGAGUGAAGAUAUUACGAGUCACCAUGGCAACAGGACAACAAAAGAGAUCGGAAAAUGGAUAUUACCUCAAGCAAAUAGCGACUACGAGUCUAUAUUCGGUAGAAAAAGCAACACGGCUGCAGCGGCGAAAGAGAAAGAAUUAGCUUGGAAGAAAAUAGCUGCUCGAGUCAAUGCCCUGCUUCCGGUCAAGUUGUCAACAGAUCAGGACCACACGCGUUUUCUAAUUGUAAAAAUGCCGAAAGCCCAGAAAGGAAAAGCCUCGGAGAAAGUGGUUCACCCGUACAGCAGACAGGCUGGCUACCUGGCCCGAGAAGAAAUCAGACUGAAGAGAAAAGAAAGACAAAAGACUGACAAAGCCACACGUCUGAACUGCAUUGGUGAGAAGCUGUUGUGGUUCCAGGCUCAGUUGGAUUCAGAAAAGACAGUUUACACCAAAAAAGAUGCCUGUGACAUUAUUGAGAGGUACAUUCACAGGUUCGAUUCUGAACUUGAGCAGAUCCAGCUGAUGAAUAGCAUCAAGGGACGUCAGGGUCGUCUCCAUGGCGCCCGAGAGGCCGUCAUCAAACAGACCAUGGAGCGAGAACUAGCGCAGUUUGAGGGCGUUGGAUUUGAGAUGCCAGACAUCAUCAAUGCGAAGCAUCUGAAAACAUUCAGGGAGUGGACUGGUGAUUUGAAGAAACUUCCAAAUAUUAAAUUGCGUAAAGUGUCAAUAAAAGGUCUGACCACGCAAAAUGAAGACGAGACAAAGGCAGCUGAAGAGGAUGAACCGGAUGAUAAGGAAGGAGGUGUUCAUCAACCUUGAUUGACCUUUGACCAUCAGGUUGUCCUGUGUGCGGCAUGCUGCUACUCCUUGUCUGUGCAGCAGGUGGCACCAAGACGUCAGAGACUGAAGUUAAAACUCAUACCCUCCUGGUGUCUUGUUGCUCAGUAACACCAAACUGUCAAGGGUUCUACAUUCAUUAUUUAUUGCACAAACAAAUAUAAAGUGUGACCUGAAUCAUCCAUUUUAUAUCCAAUCAGAGAUAGAAAAAAUGUUUUGACAAAGAUUUCCAGUGCUCUACUGUUGUUAUUUAAAGACGAAGAAAAAAGGAAUUUCAGUAACACAGGUUAAAAAAACCAAAUUAAAUUAAUAGAAAAGUGAAACGAGUGUAAACAACAGUGUGGUUUAGAGGAUUGACAGAGUAGUGACUCUGACUUUAUCUUCAGUUUGAGAUCAACUUUGUAAUAAUUGAAUGUAAAAACAUGAACUGUGAAAGCUGCUGUUUAAUCGGUGUGCAAUUACCGGACCUCGCAGAGAAGAAACACAUAAAGCUGCAAACUGAACAAAC